AUGGCGGCCGGUAUCCGGGAGAAGCAGACAGUGGCCUUGAAGCGUAUGUUGAAUUUUAAUCUUCCUCCUAUUAAAAACAGCACAGGAGAACCUGUAUGGAAGGUUCUCAUUUAUGACAGAUUUGGCCAAGAUAUCAUCUCUCCUUUGCUGUCAGUGAAAGAGCUGAGAGACAUGGGCAUCACCUUGCAUCUGCUUUUGCAUUCUGAUCGAGAUCCUAUUCCAGAUGUUCCAGCAGUAUACUUUGUAAUGCCAACAGAAGAAAAUAUUGACAGAAUGUGCCAGGAUCUUCGAAAUCAGCUUUAUGAAUCAUAUUAUUUAAAUUUUAUUUCUGCUAUUUCAAGAAGUAAACUGGAAGAUAUUGCAAAUGCUGCCUUAGGGGCUAGUGCAGUAACACAAGUAGCAAAGGUCUUUGAUCAGUAUCUCAAUUUCAUUACUUUGGAAGAUGAUAUGUUUGUAUUGUGUAAUCAAAAUAAGGAGCUCAUCUCUUAUCGUGCCAUUAACAGACCAGAUAUAACGGACACUGAAAUGGAGGCCAUUAUGGACACUGUAGUUGACAGUCUCUUCUGCUUUUUUGUUACACUUGGAGCUAUUCCUAUAAUCAGAUGCUCAAGAGGAACUGCAGCAGAAAUGGUGGCAGUGAAACUAGAUAAGAAACUCCGAGAGAACCUAAGAGAUGCCAGAAACAGUCUUUUCACGGGUGACACGCUUGGGGCUGGACAAUUCAGCUUCCAAAGGCCUUUGUUAGUCCUUGUUGACAGAAACAUAGAUUUAGCAACUCCACUACACCAUACUUGGACAUACCAGGCAUUAGUGCAUGAUGUACUGGAUUUCCAUUUGAACAGAGUUAAUCUAGAGGAAUCUUCAGGAAUGGAAAAUUCUCCAGCAGGGGCUAGGCCAAAGAAAAAGAAUAAAAAAUCAUACGACUUAACUCCAGCUGAUAAAUUUUGGCAGAAGCAUAAAGGCAGUCCUUUCCCAGAGGUGGCAGAGUCUGUUCAGCAAGAGCUGGAAUCCUACAGAGCCCAAGAAGAUGAGGUCAAAAGGCUUAAAAGUAUUAUGGGAAUUGAAGGGGAGGAUGAAGGAGCAAUAAGUAUGCUUUCUGAUAAUACAGCUAAACUAACUUCAGCUGUUAGCUCUCUUCCAGAACUACUUGAAAAGAAAAGGCUUAUCGAUCUUCAUACAAAUGUUGCAACUGCUGUCCUGGAGCAUAUAAAGGCACGGAAACUGGAUGUGUAUUUUGAGUAUGAGGAAAAAAUAAUGAGCAAGUCCACUCUCGAUAAAUCUCUCUUGGACAUGAUUUCUGACCCUGAUGCGGGAACUCCAGAAGACAAGAUGCGAUUGUUUCUUAUCUAUUACAUAAACUCAGUGCAGGCACCAUCAGAGGCUGAUUUGGAGCAAUACAAAAAAGCAUUGACAGAUGCAGGAUGUAAUCUUACUCCCUUGAACUACAUAAAACAAUGGAAGGCUUUUGCCAAGAUGGCUUCAGCUCCUACCAGCUAUGGAAACGCUACAGCUAAACCAUUGGGUCUCUUUUCACGUGUUAUGAAUACAGGCUCACAGUUUGUGAUGGAAGGAGUGAAGAAUUUGGUAUUGAAACAACAAAAUCUACCAGUCACACGUAUCCUAGACAACCUUAUGGAGAUGAAGUCAAAUCCGGAGACAGAUGACUACAGGUAUUUUGACCCCAAGAUGUUACGAGGCAGUGACAGCUCAGUUCCAAGAAACAAAAAUCCAUUCCAGGAGGCAAUUGUUUUUGUAGUUGGAGGAGGCAACUACAUUGAAUAUCAAAAUCUUGUUGACUAUAUUAAGGGCAAACAAGGCAAAACAUGUCUUAUAUGGCUGCAGUGAACUUUUCAAUGCUGCACAGUUUAUAAAACAGCUGUCCCAACUUGGGGAGAAAUAGGACUGAAAAACACCAUUAUUUGAAACAACCUGGCAAUUUGGAAGUGUGAAGAAAAAGAUCAUGACAACACUCAGAUGACACCUUCCUAUCUAUAACCUUGUUAUAACGUUAAAACUUAAAACCGUUCCAUUAAUCUGAUAAUUUGAAGGAAGGACCUGUACUUAACAUAGUGUAUAUGAAUAACAGAAUAACAUUUCAGAAAAUAAACUUAAUCUAUA